CAGCCGGCACAUGUGAUCAAUGUUUUUCUGUCUUGUACUUCACGGAAAGCAUUUCUUACCGCAAUGACCUAGCUAGCCAGAUAACUCAUUCGCUAACGUAUGACACAAGCUGUGUAGUUUUAAAUGUCUCGAUAUACCAAUAGUAUAACCAUAUUGUUGAUGGAUGGUACACAUACAUGUUCUGAUGAAUGAAUCGGCUGGGGUGACACAAUGAUGUUUGAAGUUAGAGGAAGAGCACCGGCUGAACUGGCACCAACGAUGAGACAUGAGUUUUAGAUGGGUUCCAGACACCUGUGCGUAUUCUCUAAACAAGGUUGUUCUCUUUUGGCGCACACAAGGCCAGAGGCCCCUGUCUAUUGUCGGAGUCCCUGCCCAAAGCCCACUUCAUAAGCCUCAUGCCAGAUACCACUUUAGCCACAGAGCUAGCUGCCCCAGCUGGAAACACUCCCAGAUCCUGAAAACCCGAGGACGCAAAGCAUGGCUGUGCAAAGCUAGCACUCACAGGCAGAGACUUGGUCUGUACCCCUGCAUCUCUCACAUCAGCGCAUCUGAAUUUAGUGACUCCGCCGAUCUAAAUCACCGCAUGUCACGCCUAAGGAGCACUUUGGACUCGGUCUCGAAAGCAGUGAGUGGGACUCAGGCCGACAUCCUCGCCAAGAUAGCACAGUUCAAACCUGUCCAAGUGGGUAAGGAGGUCAAGUCCAUUCAUGAGGCUCCAGCAGAGGAGAAGGCAAGUGGAGCAGCUACCACCGAUGUUUCUGCACCCCUAGCCUCCACUGCUGUGCCCCCUCCAUCAGUUGUCACGGUUUCAGCUUCGAUUGACCACGAGGCGGAGGAGAAGAGGCAAAAGCCUCCAGGAGAUUCAUCCUCUAAAGCUAACAGGAAUUUCAAGAAGACUCCUCGCAAUGCCGUCGUCAGUUCCAAGAGUGCUGUUGCCUUUAAACCAGCUGGUCCACUUUUCCAUCCUGGAACUUUUGCAGUCAACAUGGACGACACAUACAACUAUGUAGCCCAACAUAUCAAUGCCUACUUUGGUAGUGCCACAAAGGGAACAACAGACACUGAGGAAAAACAGCUUCAACUUGAAAAUGGCCUUAGCCAACCUACUACUGAGAAGCCAGAGCAAAACGGGGACCACGCACCAGUGCCCUCUGCAUCUCUUCCUGCCACUGUCCCUCAACCUCCGAACCAAGUCAGUCCAUCUCCUCCAAGCCCCCCACCAUCUCCAAAAAAAGGUCUGAGCCACUACCUGUCCUAUUCGGCACCAGUUCAAGCCUUUGUGGGGAAUUACAUUACCCCCCUUGUUCCUAAGUUUCGGGCUGACACGAAAGCUGCUGUAGCUGAGAAGGAUUCUGCCACUCAGAAGAUAGAAGAUACUGCCAAAGACAAGAAAGUUAGUGAGAACAAGGAACAAAAAGCUGCAGAAGAAAAGGCCAAAAGACUGCUCCUGCAGAGAGAGAGGAUUAUUGCAAGGGUGAGUGUGGACAAUCGGACCCGGGGUCUAGUCCGGGCUUUGCACCGUGCAACCGACGUACGAAUCUACAUCAACCGAGUAGAGGGCCUCAACGAGCACCUGCUGGAGUUCCCAGAGACAAGAGUAGUGGCAGUUAAGGAGAAGGCAAUCCCAUGCUUGCUGCGCCUCCGACAGGCCACUGACCCCGCCCUGCAGGCAGCCGUCAGGCAGGCCCUGUCUUUGGUUGGCUACAUCGACCCAGUCAAAGGGUGCGGCAUACGGGUGCUAUCCAUCGAUGGAGGGGGCACAAGGGGGCUGAUUGCGGUUCAGACCUUACUCAGACUGGAAGCCCUCACAGGAAAACCCAUUUACCAGCUGUUUGAUUACAUCUGUGGUGUCAGCACAGGUGCAAUCCUGGCCUUUAUGCUGGCAGUGGUUCGGAUGCCACUGAGUGAGUGCGAGGAGCUCUACAGGAAACUGGGUUCUGAUGUUUUCAAACAGAAUGUCAUAGUAGGAACGAUGAAAAUGGGCUGGAGCCAUGCGUUCUAUGACAGUGAGAUCUGGGAGAACAUCCUCAAAGAAAAAUUGGGUUUGGAUCUUUUGGUGGAAACUUCAAGAAACCCUGACUGCCCAAAGUUGUCAGCAGUGAGCACUGUGGUUAAUCGCGGGACCCCCCUGAAGGCCUACGUGUUCCGUAACUACAGUAUACCUCCAGGUAUCCGCUCCCACUACCGAGGGAGCUGCCAGUACAAGCUGUGGCAGGCUAUUCGCGCCUCAUCGGCCGCGCCGGGCUACUUUAAAGAGUUCGGCCUGGGUGGCGACUUACAUCAGGAUGGAGGGCUGCUGAUCAAUAACCCCACAGCACUGGCCAUUCAUGAGUGUAAAUGCCUGUGGCCCAAGACCCCACUGCAGUGCGUCGUCUCCCUGGGUACCGGGCGCUUCGAGACGGUGGGCAAGAACAACGCCACGCACACCAGCCUCAAGACAAAACUCACCAACAUCAUCAGCAGCGCCACGGACACUGAAGAGGUGCACACCAUGCUGGACGAGCUGCUGCCGCCCGACACCUACUUCCGCUUCAACCCGUUCAUGCCGGAGGAGAUCGGCCUGGACGAGAGCCGGAGCGAAAAGCUCAACCUGCUGCUGGCCGAGGGCGAGCGCUACCUGGAGCGCAACGAGGAGAAGCUCCGCAAGGCCGCCGGCAUCCUCACUCAGGAGAAGAGCUCCGCGCAGCGCCUUGCUGACUGGGCCAAGCUGAAGGUGGACAUGUAUGACCCUGUGCCCUCCUCAAGACUCUAGAACCUUCUCCCAAACCUUAUGCCCCACCACACCCACCACUACCACCACCCUCAAUCUUCCUGCACAGAGCAUGAUAACCCAUAUGAUUGUCUACGUUGCUGAAAUCUAGCAUUAAAAAGAUGUAGCGCAUGCCAACCUUAUGUUGGCUACACUGUACUGACCUUUAAACUGCUCUCUUGUACCCACUACAAAGACUCCUAUGGUGUAGUGUAAAGCUAUCUUUACCUUAGCAGGUAGUGUAUUUAUAUAUUCAUUAUUUCAGCAUGAGCACAUAGCCAGAGAGUUGAAUAUGAGGAGCCGUGGUGUCCUCGUGAUUGUCCCGAGUGCUAGGAUCCCAUCCAGGGGUUUGCUGCAGGUAGGGACCAACUUGUAUUUCAAAGGCAGCUGCCGAAGAAGAAAUAGCCACAACUCCGCAGAUCGCACAUUUUCCACAAAGGUGCUUCUUGAACUGACGUAGAAGUCAUGUUAACAGCUGUAUUGAGGUGCUGUCUAUAGAAUAGCCAAGAAAGCACCUGUUUAUUUUUAAUUUUUUUAGCAUUCUCAUUUGAACCACAACCACUAUAACCUCAACUCAUAUUUAUUUAUCGUUUAUUUUCAGGACUGAUUAGAGAUGUAGCUGUGUGGUUGUCCUGUUUGACAGGGUAAUGAGCUAUUUACUUGAACACUGUCAUCUACUCUCUUUCCAUUUUGUUUUCAUUUGAGGUUAAAGGAAGGUCAUAUGAGCUCCAGGAAGCUGUGGUUUGACCUCUGAGAAUACAUGUUAAGUAUGAUGUCCAGAUGUGUGGGCUUGACAAACGAUGGUGAUGAUGAUGAUAAAGUUAUGGAAUGCUGUGCUUACAGUUCAAGGCAAGCUGUAUAUUUUGAAUUAAUUUGAACAUGAUUAAUUUAUUAGCAAAUGUCUUGUGGAUUUAAUGAUCAGUGUAAUGUUACAUUGUGACUGAAAUUUUACUGCCCAAGCCAUUUCCCGACGUUAAUGCACUUAUAUGCAAUAAGUACAAGCAUGUCUUUUUAACAGAAAGAGUUGGAGUAUAGGUGGCAUACAAUAACAUCUUUUAAAGGACCGUUAGUUUGAUCCUUUGUUAUAUAUGCCUAUAUGGCCUGUUUUGAUUGAUGCAGAACAGAUAAGGUUAAACAAGGAUCGGGAUACAACGCAGGGGUUGCUGUGUACACCCACAGUAUUGAAAACUUAAGCAACAAUAAGAGAAAAUAUGAUGCAGUGAUUUCCAUAGUAUUCACCGUGUUUAUUGACCGCAUUAAUCAUAGAAAUAGUUUCAAAACCAAGCUGUAAUCGUUUGCAGAUAUUUAUUGGUAGUGAUUCUUGUAACCUAGAUUUCUGCAUCGCAAAAAUGUGGUCUUGCUUUCUUCUCUGCAAAAUUUUGGAUAUUUCGGUUUUGGGUGCAAUAAAUUAAGUAGAGAAUUUACUGUAGAUAUGUUUUUGGGAACACUUAGCAAGCACUUUUUUUCCUAGUGACACCUUUUGUGCCCUGAUUUGAAACCUCACCCAGUAGUGUCUUUGUGUGUCCACUUGCCUCUGAACCAACUGGGGUUUGGCUGCUACCUAUUGGUUUUUGGUUUUUGGUUUUAACAAGGACUGUCAGGGACAUAACUUUUAAGACUUUUAUGGUAAAGAAAAAAACCAAGAAAUGCACAAAAAGUUGAUGUGUUAACAAAUCAAAGACAAAUCAAGGACGUAUUCUACUGUACGUGUGAUGCUGUCACUCGCGUUGGACUGAAAGCAAUAUGGUGGUGAUGAUCAUAAAAUGUUUGUUUUAGUUUCACCAGCCAAAUUGACUUUCCAUGCCCUUAAACUUACCGUGUAAAGAGUGUAUGUAAUUAAAAUGUUACCUUUGA